GUGUCACACCCUGCCCUCCCUCCCGAGGUGGCCCCAGCGGUGGCCGCACAGGACCGGGCCCUGGCAGCCCUGGUGGCCCUGGCCGAGGCCUUGGGGACACCGGACAGCGUCCCCGUGGCACUGGCUGAGGCCGAGGCCGCGCUGAGCCAGGCCCAGGUGGCCAUGAAGGGGCUGGAGGCAGCCCAGGAGGCCGCGGUGGCCCCGGCGGUGGCCCUGGGGACCCUGGGGGACGAGGACGAGCAGCGGCUCUGGUGGCUCGCGGCCAUGGCCGAGGCGGCAGCGGCGGCGCUGGGACGCGAGGAGGAACGGGCACGGCGGUGGCAGCGCUGGCUGCGGGCUGGGCACGGGGUCACCAUGGGGCUGAUGGUGCUGUGCGGGGCCGUGUUGUCCCUGGACUCGGCCCGCGCCGCCCUGGGGGUGACCGAGGACUGUCACCUGCUGCUGGCCCUGACUGUGGUGGCCGUGUCCUGCGAGGUGGCCUGGCGGGGCUUGGGGACAUCGCGGCGUCACCUGGCCACCGCUGCGGACCACCAGCGGGACAUGGCCCUGCGCCUGCGGGACCGCGCCCGGCGGGUGGCGGCCACCAGGGCCAGCGCCGAGGCCGCCGCGGCCACCAACGAGGCCACUGCGGACGCGCUGGGGCGGCUGGAGAAGGUGACGCGGGACCUGAAGACGUUGGUGGCCGCUGUCAACCAGGAUAGGGAGGUGACGCCGUGGGGGACACGGGGACAGGGCUUCCCCAGCGCUGCCCGGGCGCUCGGGGACAUCGUAGGGACGUGGAGGGAGGUGGACAAGGAGGUGGCGCGGAGGCUGGAGGCGGCCCAUAGAGCGCUGGUGGGGCAGGGGUAG